AUGGCAGAUAACAAUUCACUGCCUGGUGGUGAGUCCUUGCAGCAGCAGAUAAAUUACCAGGUCAUUAUUGUGCAGAUCCUGGUGAUGAUUUUUCUCUGCAUUAACUUGUUGCUCAUUGUCACCUUUUUUAAGAAAGAGUGCUUCUACACAACUACACGCUACAUCCUAUUUGCUGUUACAUUACUUUCAGAUAGUUUCUUGUUAUUCAUGUCUAAUAUCCUUCUCAUCUUCAACUAUUUUCGUGUUGCCAUGCAAGUUUGGUUGUGUAUCAUUAUCUCUGUUGUGGUACUUGUGUAUGUUACAGUCACACCAGUUACUCUGACAGCAAUGACCCUGGAGCGCAAUGUGGCCAUUUGCAUGCCCCUGCGCCAUGGAGAGCUGUGCUCCACACGCAAUACUAUUCACUGCAUCCUUAUCAUCCAUUGCCUCAGCUCUGUGCCCUGCAUUGUUAUUCUCUCCACCUUCUUUGUAUCAGCAUCCCUGAGCUUUUACAAACAAUAUCAGAUAUGUUCAGUGGAGGUGUUUAUAUUUUACAUGUGGCAGCAACAUCUUCGGUCAGCUAUAUAUCAAUUCCAGUUUUUGAUUAUGUGCAUCAUCCUUGUUUUCUGUUAUGUUAAAAUAAUGAAAGUGGCCAAAGCGGCAUCAGGAGAGGAUAAAAAGUCAUCAAAGAAAGGGCUCAGAACAGUGGUUCUUCAUGGUUUUCAGCUGCUGCUCUGUCUCAUCCAGCUGUGGAGCCCAUUCAUUGAGGCUCCUUUCCUUCAUAUUAAUUUUAUUUUAUUCAAUAAUGUCAGGUAUGUUAACUACAUAAUGUUUUUUCUUGCACCAAGAUGUCUGAGUCCUCUCAUUUAUGGCCUCAGAGAUGAAGUUUUUUUUAAUGCACUGAAAAACUAUGUCUCCUUUGAUUUGUAUAAAAGAAAUGCUAUUUGA